UAACAUAGCCAUGUUUUAGGUCAACAAACAUUUUGCCAAGCAAAUAGUUUUUCUAUACUUAAUCUAAAUUUUUAGUUUUUAUUCUGGACAUCUUUCAUUGAUUUCCUCAUGGAGCUAAACAGAGACAAUUAUUGCGAAGAAUGUUGGCUGAUUGUAAGCAGUGAAAACAAAGACAAUUAUAUAGAAGAAGUUUCCACAACAUUGACAUUACCCAAUGAGUCAAGGUCUAAAACAGUGGAAAAACAUCCUGCAAAAUCUUCAGAGGCUGAGUUAGCUAGCUUUGAGAAAACCAAUAAUUUAUCUAACGCUGAAUCAAGUAAUAAUAUGUCACCAAUGUCAAAACUCAUCAAAGUUGGGAAAGUAUACAUAUCUCAAACUAAUUUACCUACUGAAAGGCUUGUGAAGAAAAACAAAAGGUUCGAUGACGAUAAAUCUUACAAGAGCUAUGCAGGAAUGUCAACGAAAUCGCUCAAGUCUAACUACAGUAAAUACACUUUUAAUCAAACUUCUGCAGUGUCUUUAGUUUCAAUUUUAAAGUCAAAAUCUGAAAUUCUGCAUGGUGCUAGACCAAGUGAUUCUGAUUUGUGUUUAGAAUGUCUUGUUCUUGAGUACAGGGACAGUUUCGACACAAAUCUGCUAAAGAACGUGUACAGCUCAGUGAAAGAACAACAUCAAUGCAGAAUGAUACCUGUGCAAAAGUGUGGGCGAAAAAAGUGUUUGCAGUUGUGCAGCGAUUCAGAGUGUCCAAAGUUCAAGUUUUGGAAGAUUUUGGAUUCCGGUGGCUCUGGAUGGAAGGUAGAUUUUAGUUUUGGAAAUUGUAUUCCACCACUAGAGUUGGAGGGUUCCUCAUGCUUCACCACCUCUAGCGGAUUGUGCAGUAAAGAACAGUUGGUAGAUCUCUCCGAAGCAGGGCUGAGUGAUCGGAUAAUGGACGAGGUGAGGCCGGACAUUGAGAUCUCCGAAUGGUUCUGUGGCAGUCAAGACUCCACCUCCAGGUACGGAUAUAAGGUGUCACUUCUAGAUAGCCGUCAACUGAUGAUGUGUGUUCAUGGAGAAUGUAAAACUUUGAAGCCUCCUGAUGCUUCAAAAUGGCAAAGGGUGACGUACACCUUCCGAGGUUAUGAGCCAGGAGUACGGUACAUCCUGUUCCACCACGGGGGCCAAGGAGAAGCCAUCAGAGGAGAUGAGGGGAAUACCCAUCCUGGAUGUAAGAUGGCAGGGGCUUCUAUCAAGGCGAAGCUUACAAAGAGUUUUUCAGGGGACGAGCACAGCAAAACAAGAUUUUGAUUUAGCCAAAAACGUUAAGUGUUUUUGUAAACUCAAUUGUGCUGUGUUUGGUUAGGAGUAAAGUUAUAAAUAUGACUAUAAACAUUGGUCAAUGCUAUAAAACAAUAACUUAUGUCAAAUUUAAUUGACUAGCUUGUACGAACUAGUAAA